UGACGUUUACAGCAAACGCGUGCUUCGGCGCAAAACACAAUUACUUAAAAUCUGUAACUAAAAUCUUUUUCCUAUUAUAUCUUUUUAUUAUUAUUUGCAAGUGCAUUUGAUUAAAAUAUAAUUUGUAAGUUUAUCUUCGUAUUAAAAUGGAUUCAAGAAGAAAAAGAAGACAUGAACAUGAUGAUAGACGAAAACCUAGUAGGCAUCAUCGUAGAAAAUACGACGAUGACGACAGGAGAGAUUCACAUAAGGAAUAUUCAUGGGGAAAAAAAGAGAAGGAUGAAAUCAAAACAGAACCUAAAGAAGUAAAAAAAGAACAACCUAAUUUUGGUCUUUCUGGCAAACUAACUGAAGAUGUAAACACAUUUAACGGAGUUGUAAUAAAGUAUGCUGAGCCUCCAGAAGCCAGAAAACCUAAAAGGCGUUGGCGCUUUUACCCCUUCAAAGGAGAAACAGCAAUGCCUACUUUGUACAUACACAGACAAAGUUGUUACCUCAUUGGUCGUGAUCGUAAAGUAGUUGAUUUGCCAGUAGAUCAUCCUUCUUGUUCCAAACAACAUGCAGCUCUUCAAUAUAGAUUAGUUACAUUUCAAAGGGAUGAUGGAUCUACUGGAAAACGAAUAAGGCCUUAUUUAAUAGACUUAGAAUCUGCCAAUGGCACAUAUGUUAACAAUAAUAAAAUUGAACCUAAAAAAUAUGUGGAGCUUUUAGAGAAGGAUGUUAUAAAAUUUGGAUAUAGUUCUAGGGAAUAUGUUUUAUUACAUGAAAACAGCAAAGACGAAACACAAGAUGAUGACAUUGCCAGUGGAGAUGAUUUGCCAGUGAAGAUAAAAAAAGAAGAUGAAUAAAAUUUUAGUUUAGAUUGUAUAUUAAGUACUUAUACUUAUAUGAACAAUAAAUAUAGAUAAAAUAAUACUAUU